AUGGACCAGCCUCCGACUUCGUCGUCCUCCAGCUCGUCGACCCCGUCGUCAAGCUCGAUCCCAUCCAUCCCUUUGCGGCUUUACGACCGUCCCCGCUUCCCUCCCAUAGUGGCCAAGCAGUUGUCCAAGGGCAAGUUGUCAAAGGGCAGGCGCAAGGCGACCCAUCCGUCUCCAACCCACCUCUCUUCCAUUCGGCUGAUACCGAGUCCUCCUUCUGGCUCGCAUCCCUACGUCUCCGCGUACCCUCCCUCUGCUUUCCCCUCCGCGCACCUGCCCACUCAGCCAGCUGCGUACCCCUCCCCUAACUCGUCCGACUCCCCCCUUGUCAAGGUCCCCACCCGCCCCACCCACCCACACGCCCACUCCCCCAUCCGGUCCCGGCCCCUAGCAUGCAAAGGCUCUCCAACCGGCACCAAUGUGGGCUCCGAAUGCAUCCAGAUCCAGCGGAUCGUGAACGGUCCCAUCGAGUGUCAUUUCUGCGCGCGGGUGCUGUACUUUUAG